CCUCUCCUUCUUCUCCUCCAUCUUCCUCUACCUUCUCACUUUAGCUCCAACAAACCUUAAAGAACCUCUACAAACAAAAGAACAAGCCAACAAACAAUCAUGUCCGUCAACAAGAACCCUACCGACACUAAGGUGGCUGCCGUGGCUUCGGACCCACCUUCAUACACUGACGCUACCUCUUCCACUGUGCCCGUCUAUGGCGAUGGCAACGUCUUCACUGACCAGCCGACGAUGUCCUACACUGCAACUUCCCCAGAGCCGUACACCCCUCGCAAGAAAGGGUGGAUGACCGGAAUUUUCGAUUGCUUCGUCGAACCUGCAUCCAGUGCCAAGGCCCUCUGCUGUCCUUGCGUUUCGUAUGCGCAGACCCGUCAUCGUCUCCAUGCUCCUAAUACCCCUGCGCCAGUUCUCUCGACCCCUUGCCUGGGCUACUGCCUUGUGAUGUCUUGUUUCCCUGGUGCCGAGUUCAUCUUUGGGUUCAUGCAGCGUGGUGAUAUCCGUAAUAGACUUCAUAUCGAUCACUCGUUGCCCAAGGGGACCGUCUCACCGGCCUCCACCUCGGGCGAGCCUGGUAGGACGAGGGUUUUUGAGAGUAUGGAUAGUGCUGGUGGAUGUGUUGAUGAUUUCUGGAGACACUUUUUUUGUGCUCCUUGCUCGCUUGCGCAGGAGGACCGUGAGGUUAGCCGGUGGGAGAGGGAGGUUGCUGGUGGUGAGGGAUGGUGCGAUGAGGAUGAGGAACUUGGUGGAUUUAGAGGCGUUGAAACCACCCGAGGAGAGGAGGGUAUCUCUGAGGAAGGUGAAAGACUCUUGGGAUGUGAAAGGGUUCCAUUUCCCUUUGUCUACUCUUCUUUCUCGCUUUCCUUACUGGGUAUUACUAUUGGACAGGGUGGGUCGGUCGGUCGGUUGGUUGGUUGGUUUGGUAGGAUGGGCUGCAGAGCAUCAGCGUUUUCAACUCGGAUCAUUUCCUUACUCUUGUUCCUUUCUCGUUGUUUUUUCUUUUUUUUUCUUCGUUCCCACUCUUUCUACUAGGUUGCUAUGUAGUUCUAUAGUCAUAGGCCAAUACAAGUAGGUUGCUGAGCUCCAAACUUGAAGCAGAAAAA